CUCAAUAAAACCAAGCUGGACAAUUCAGUCGAUGUUGUGAAAAUGGCAGCGGAGAGUUUCCAGCUCGGGACAGACGAUGAGCUCCGGGCAGCGUCAUCGCUAGCAUCCCUCCAUCUCAGGGACGGCAUAGGGAUCGGGAACACUUCCCACAUGGAGGACAAUCCAGGGCCCGACCCUGCCCUUCCAGCGAUUACAUCAUCACCUCUUAACCAAUCACAGCAGCAAGCAGACAUUGCUCCACCAGCAGAUCAAGUUGAUGUUUCAGAGUUCCUGGAAACAGAAACGGGCCGAGACGACGGCGAGGGGCAAUCUUGCAGUCGGACACCGGUUCCAAAAGAGCUCUCUUCCCAUGUGGCUCAAGAUCAUGUGAAUUGUGACCUGAAAACCAGCACUGGCAAAGAAGGAGAUAUCCCACCAGAGAACAACAUAACCAAAGCUAUGGCUGCCUCUGAAAACAGCACUGAUGAUCAUCAGCUGUCUGAAGCAGAGUGGUACUGGGGCAACAUUUCAAGAGAGGAGGUAAACGAGAUGAUGAGAAACACACCCGAUGGUACAUUUUUGGUACGAAAUGCUUCCAGCAGGAUUAAAGGAGAAUACACUCUGACACUUCGAAAAGAUGGAUACAACAGACUGAUCAAAAUCUUCCAUCAUGGAGGAAAGUGUGGCUUUUCUGAGCCACUGACCUUUCCCUCGGUGGUAGACCUGAUCCAGUACUACCAGAAGAAAUCUCUAGCCCAGUACAACUCUAAGCUGGACAUAAGGUUACUCUACCCCGUUUCCAGAUACUAUCAGCAGCAUGUGAUGGAGAUUGACAUUGCUGCAAUCGGAGAACAGCUGAGGAUAUUUCAGGAUCAAUACAAGGAGAAGAGCCAGGAGUAUGACCAUCUAUUUAAGGAGCUUAACCAAACCUCACAGGAGCUCCAGAGUAAACAAACGGCAAUUGAGGCUUUCAGUGAAAUCAUUCGGAUCUUUGAGGAGGAGUGUGAAACCCAGGAGCGGUACAGCAAGGAAUACAUCGACAUGUUCCUCACCAUAGACAGCGGCACAAAAAACGAUAAAAUUCAAAGCAACUCUGAUGAACUGCAGUCCAAAGUGGAGGAGAUCCACAACAGCAAGAAGAUGUUGGAGGAAGAACUGAGGACAAAAGCGCUGGCUCACAUGGAGGUCGACAGGAAAAUAACUAAACUGAAGCCUGAUCUUGUGCAGCUCAGGAAAAUCAGAGAUCAAUACCUCCUAUGGCUAACCCAGCAAGGCAUGAGACAGAGUCAGAUUAACAACUGGUUGGGUGUAGGAGCUCAGGAAGAAGACCCAUACACCCUUGAGGAUGACAGCCACCAGGAGGAGAGGAGUUGGUACGUUGGAGGCAUGAGGCGAAAAGAGGCGGAGGAGCUGCUGAAAGGAAGGCGGGAUGGCACAUUCUUGAUCAGGGACAGCCAGACUCAGAGAGGCUCCUUUGCUUGCUCUGUUGUCGUGGACGGGGACGUCAAGCACUGUGUGAUCUACAGGACGUCGACAGGAUACGGCUUCGCUGAGCCCUACAACUUGUACUCGUCGCUGAGGGAGCUUGUCCUCCACUACCGCCACACGUCACUAAUCCAACACAACCAGCAGCUGAAUGUAACCCUGGCCUGGCCCGCUUUCAGUCAGCAGUCCAGCUGAGCCGCACCAGCACACCGCCCUGAUUCCCCAAGUUUCACAGCAUUAGCACAGAGGACACACCCAUAUGGACACAGUUACAACGCAGGAACGGAGCACCUGUUAGAAAUUCACAGCUAGAAGAACUGACACUGGUAGGUUUUCACACCAAAUGCGAAAAUUAGCAACAGGCAGGUAUUAUAUGGUUUAGAAGCAAAGCAACUACAACUUUGAUUAGGCCACUGACUCUGUCUGCAAUCCUAAAAAUGUGUAACUGGCAUCUAGCUCCACAUAGUCAGGCCUCUCAGAUAAACAGGUAUUCAGUGCAAGCUGUCCGAAUUUAUGAAAGCGGGCGCCAGCACACCCGUUUAUCGUUUUGCUAAGAACACCAACCAGCAGCUCUGUUUCCAUUCAUUUUUCUUUUACAGUGAUCAUAUUUGACUUAAACACUUCUCAUUCGCACACAUAAGCUCAAUCAACAACGCUGAGGCAGAUCUUUCUCAUAACCACAUCAUCCACAUGUUAACUAAAACUUUCUAGUUUUACAUGACACAGCGUACCAUUAAUGAAACCAAUACUUUUCAGUAUAAAAAUGUUCAUAAUAAAAUGUUUAAGCAGAUGGUUAUACAGUCAUGGGGGAAAAAAUUUGCCCUUCACGAUUAGUCAGUCUCAGGAUGUUAAAUGUUAAAGACCAUACAAUUAAAAAAACAACUAAAGUAUGGCUUGUACAGAAGGACUGCUGGGAGAAAUUCUUAUUCUUUAAAAAGAAUAUUGCAUUUUUAAGGUUUGCAAAAGUAGCAAAUGAAUGAUUCAUAAGGAUGAAUGAUUCAUAAGGACUCAUGGAACAAUGUCCUUUGGACAGCUGGGACCAAAGUGGAGAAGUUUCGACUUGAUGCACCGCUCCAGCAUAUCGGCACAAACAUCCUCAUCCCAACUGUGAAGCACAGCAGUGCAGGGGUGAUGAUUUUGGUUUUUUUCACAGUCGUAGAACCAUUCAGUUGAUCAUUAUCUUCACUGUAUAGGAUUCAUAUUCUAGAGUGAACCUCAAACAGAGAUUUAACCUUAGAAAGGGCCAAACUUCCACCGAAACAAUCGACAGGGUGAUAAAAGCAGAGAGAAGAUGGCAUUAUUGGGCUUCACUCAAUUUUCUUUUCCCAUGACUGUAGUUCAGCUAUCUGUUUUUGUUCAAUGACAGAUUUGAUCUUCUGUCUAAGUCAUUUAGUCAUGUAGUUAACUACUAUAUAUAUUGACUUUUCAAACACCUUACAGAAAGGUCAGCACUGAGAAUUACAAGGAUGCCAAAUGCUAUUGUUUCAUAUCUACUCCUAUAGCUAAGCUAACCAAUCCUCCACUGGAACAUAUCUACAAUAUUUGCAGUAGGAACAAAUAAACCAGAACAAUGCUCAAAUAGGAUAAUCCCCCCCUCCUAGGUUAAAUCUCUCCAUAGUAGUAGAAUUCUUCCAUACAAUCAAACGUGUUUAAUCAGGGAUAUAGGAGUGUAAAGGUGCUCCGAGGGAAAUUAGCUCAGGAAGGGACUCUGCAAACGUACAUGAUGGGUACUGCAGGGACUGGGGAGACACUCAAGCACUUUAACUAGAACAAAACACUAAAUACAAAAGAAUACAUUCUGCUCUUGGCUACUGAGACACGUUGUUUUAUUGAACAGAAACGAAAUUGGUUCCUCUUCAUAUUUUGUUCUUAUUUAAAUGGGGUAGUAGGCCUAUAUAAAGAGAGAGCAAAGAUCUGACAACUAUAUCUUCAAGUUUCUCUCAUUAAUGAAAGUUACUCUGCUUUAGAUUAAUACAUCAUUUGAUUUAUUUUAUCCUUUCCAGUGAUUUGGAAAGAAUAUUUUCUUCUACGUUUAUAGAUUCUCUUCUGCGCAACAUUACUCAAGGCUAAAACAGCUGGUUUACAGAUCUUUAAGAGAGGUGCCUUUAAGAGUUUUUUCUCCAGCUAAGAUAUUUAUCUUACAGACUAUAUGAAUAUAUGAUUAUAAAAACAUUCAUGAUGAACAAUCAAAAGAAGGCAAUAGCCUUGUCUUCAAUUUAACCGUUAAACCUUGAAAGACGACCCUACAGUAGAGAACCAUAUCAACAUGAAAAGAAACAUCUUAGGGAAACUGUACGGGAAAGGUGUCAGAGAUAUUUUGGGGCACAGUUAAUUUAGUAAACAUUACUAAAAAACUCGGCUAGCCACAGCUAGCUAGCUAGCAAGCUAGCGUGAAAGUUGUGCAGAGGAAUAUCAAAAACAACACAGUCACUUUCUUAUAUUCAGUUUUGAAAUAGCAACGAAAGGUUAUAAUGGUUGGUCAAGCAUUUUCAGUUAUUAUCUUGGUGCUUUUCCAUUUCUCAUAGGGAUCAUGGCCUGUUUAAGAAAAGGUAAGGUUUCCCAUCAAUAUGACCAUGAACAGAAACACCCGUUAGGGCUGAAGCAGCCACUGAAACCCACUGUUGCUUUUCAUACCGCAUUAGUAAGAUGCUAACCCAAUGUUUGAGGAACAGGCCCCAGACCAGGGUUUGUGGUCAACUCUGAGAAGCACGAGUUCCACUAAAAUCAUGCGAGUCAACUUGACAACCCAGAUAGAGGGCCCCUGUUUCAAGGCUAACACUGGGCAUCCUCUGCAAAUAUUGGCACUCUUGUUAAAGAUGUCUUAAGAAAACUAUUAUUGCAGUAACAUAAUGUCAUGUUGAAAAUUUAGCUGCAGUUCUCCAACAAUGUUUUGUUUUGGAGACCAUCACUGUGUUCGUUGUUCUCCGGUCCCGUUAGUCACAAUUCCGGUUUAGAGAUGCACCAAUCAGUAAUGCGAAUAGCCAGUUCCCAGUACCUGAUUUUUUUGUGAAGAUCACAUAUCUGAUUUACCUCGGGUACAUGUUCUCCAGUCUUUCCCAUGUUGAAGAGUGACUAAAAAAAUAUUCCUUUGUUAAAUCAGCAUAAUUUUAAUCAUGACGUCACUGAAUAACAAUUAAAAGUUCAGAAACAAAUUAUAAAGUUUAAAAGAUUGAGCCAUGAAAUGCAAAAAGGCUUCAUUUACAUUUGUUUUGUAGUUUGCAUAGGUGCCAGGAAAUUUGGCGGUGGAGAACAAACACUUCUUGGAAUAAAAUUUUUCCCUCCACUGCAUUAAUAUAAAACUCCAAAUAAGUGUAUCAAAACAUUUUAGUUUAUGUCUGUUUAGAUCAAAGAUGGUGAGGUCUUAACCUUUCAGAGUUUCCCCCACUGUAUGAUAGGCAUUACUUGCCCCCCAUUAGGCUAAGUGUCGUUAGUUUAAAUACACCAGUAACAGUAAUACCAAAGAUGGUAUAUAGUAGGGAGGAUUGUCAAAAUAAUUGAUGCCUCGAUGUUUGAGAGCAACAUAAAAAGGUCAGUGACACUCCCGUAUCACCUCCCUGACAUCGUAAACCAACGCUAGCUGUUAUUAGCUUGACGGACACGGACAGCCCAAUGACCGGGUUCUGUUGGUCUGCGCCCCCCUCUGAGCUGCCUAGUACUGCAGCCCCCCACCCCCCAGAUACCACCAGGAGUAGACAGUUUUCUGGGGGAAACCCUCCAAAAAGAUACAUUUAAUAAGUUAAAUUAAAGAAAAGCUUGUGUUCUUCAGUGAAUCGUGUCUAAACUGGACACCUUAUUUCUGAUUGGUGCAUCUCUGCCUUUUAUACAUGUUUACCAGUGGUAUCAGUAGAAGACAGGAUUCAAUUAUCCAUCAGUUUUUAAACAGGCCAAAUGUAGUUUAGGAUUGUGUGGGGGAGAAGGGUGGCAACUCAUUUUCAACAUCUGUUAAGGCCCCAUCAUCCCCAAAAAGUUAACGAUAAUUCAGAAGUACUGUGUUGUGAUCCAUAAUACGGAGCAAGUAUUACCUCUAAAAGCUUUAAAAUAGUUACUACCUCACUUUGAGGUAAACCUCAAAAAAGUGAUAAAAACACUGUGUCUAAGUAAGGAGAUUGUUAGUUAAAAAUUUCCAAGCUUAUUUUCUAUUAUUACUAUUAGCAUCAUUAUUGGGAGUUCAAUAUAAAAGUGUUUACAUUUUAGACCUAUCCAGGAAUAUCCAGCUCUGGGGGAAACUGGUCUCCACCCAGGGACUUUGGAUCGUGCAGUCUGUGAGUGGAGAUGACGUAUUAAUUGUGGAUUACAGUAAAUCAUUGCAAACUCCACUAAAGUGGCAAAAAUUCAAAAAAAAAAAAAUAAUAAAAAAAAAAAUAACAACAAAAAAACAACAAUCAUCAUUACACGAAGAUAAUGCUUAGGCAUACAUAAUAUUUGUUUAUGGCUGAAAAAUAAUUUCUCUACUUUGAUGGGUCACUUUUACUGCUUUUCUCUCUCUCUCAACGGUCAAACGUGCUUGAUUGUCAUUACGUACUGUCACUUGAUGUUGUCAUUUCUGUUAGACUGUUACCUGCCGUGAAGUGAGUUGGACAGAGUUUAGGUUUACUGGUCGUGAUAAGAAAAUGUUAUAAGUUGCAUGAUCUUGUUAUAAUGUAUAAUAUGUUAGGCUGGGUACUGUUUAGGAAUCAGUUUUACUUCUACAAUUUUACCACCAGCUAGAUAAGACACUUUCUUUGCUCUUUACCUCAAAAUUAUGUACAAUCUUUCCUCGAUUUGUGUGAUUUGUGCUUGAUUUGUUGUCGUUUUUUUUUUUCUUAAUGCACCCAAUGACACAGAGUGGGUCUGGCUGGCACGUGUUUCACAUUAGGUGUGCCUGUAACCACGUCAGUCUGUUAGUGUUGCACAGUAUUAAAAUGUGAAGUCUUGCAAUGCACAGGUGUUGAACAAACCACCGCAACAACGCAGUGAGACGAAAAGAUCCAACUCGUACGAAAGCAAAAAAGAUGAAGACGCCUGCCCAUAAUGGCUCAUGUUGUUCAUUUUGCACUCCUGGCAGACUAAACAGGCUGAGCGAUAGACUACGGCUGCAGCUUGAAAUAGAAAUGUGUUUUAUUUUAUCAUUUAUUUACAGAACGGCUGUAUAUCCGUUGAUUUUGUUGCACAAAUAGAUAAAGAGAAUACCGUAUACGGGUUUUAUGUGAACAAAGGCAGGCAUGCCCACUGAUCUGUGGGGAUUAAGUCUAAAGCAUAGCAUUUGCACAGAAGUAUCUUCAAAUAGUUACGGAUACUUUAACUUUCCUCAUGUACACUGACCCUGUUUCUGAGGCCAGUGGAUAUGUCAUAGUUGUAUAUAUACAUAUAUAUCUAUGGAAAAAAGUUGCUAAUGAGAUUAUUGUGUUGUAGCAUCAUAAAAAAAAGUUGUAAGUAGCAUCUUUAUUUAGAUGACUACUAAAAAAUAAUUGAUAUUUUCUGUAAAGUUGGAGAGUUUUGUGCACAAUUUGGUCUUUUUCUGUGUCAUUGUUGCUUUCUGUAUGUGUAAUGUUUUAUCACUGUGCAAACAGAAUAGAAAGGGACUGAACGUUUGGAAAUGAGAAAAGCUGCUGACAUAAAUUAAGCACCAAUUUUUCUGUCAGUCAUGGCACCAUAUGUAGUGUAGACGUCUUGACAACAGACUUGUGACAACCUGUGAGACGCUACAGCUGCUGCUGCAGACGUGAAGCAACAGAAAAUGAUGCAUUGAUUAUGAAUUAUUGGCACAUUUAUUUAUUUGUUUCCAAACUUCUGCAAUUCAGUUUAGCAAUCAUAUAAAGUUUACUUCUUGUAGUGAGUACCAAAGUUGAAAGAUUUUAUUUUUUGUUCACGGGUGAGUCACUCGUGAGUCUCAUUGUGCAAGAGACCUAAGGUUUUAUGGCAUGGAAGAAUGAAUCAAUUCGCCCUGUUGAGAUACAGAAGAAAACCGGUGGUAGAACUGUCCCGUUGGUUUUCUCUAUAACUGGGUCUACCUUUGUGUUAAAAAGACGACUUGAGAGGUUUGACAUUACAAAACAGAGGAAGAACGUAGUGAGAGCAACGCUGUAAGUGCAAGUGUUUGGUAUUGCAGUUGUUUCCAUGGUGCGGAUGCAAAUUUGAAACCCCAAAGGAAGAAUAUUUUUACACUUAUGUUGUUCAUUGGGAGAUAUUUUUGCAGUGUAUGGGAAACAGAUGGCUUUAGGAAAUGAAGUUUAUGGAACGUGGAUGUAUGGAACGUAUUUGCAACCACAAGAUUCAAUUCAAACUAUUUUAAUAUUAAACUAAUUUCAAAUACUUUAUAGCAUGUUUACAUUCUUAAUAGACGAGGAAGUAGUAAAUUACAAAUUACAGUAUUUAAAAAAGUGAAACUCAUUGAAUAGAUUGAUUACAUACUUUAACAUAUUUUAAGGUUUAUUUCUGUUAAUGUGGAUUUUUAUGGCUGACAGCUAAUGAAACCCAUAAUGAUAUUUCUCAGAAAAUGUAUAUUAGAUAAGACCUGGGUGUGAUCUGGGCUACAAAAACUAAAAACUAAAUAAAUGCUAAAUAAAUUAACUGACUGCUAAGCUAAUAAAUCUAUAACCUGAAAAUCGAUAAAAAGACAGCAAAACUCCCCAUUCAAACUCCAACUUUCUACGGAGGCACAGGACGGAGCUGCUUUUAUACUCCACAGCGGCAGAGCUGCUGACACGUCAGUUUCUCCAAAUAACAUCAGAAAAACUUUUGAACCAAUAGCAAUACUGAUUCAAAAUUCAAUGCAAGCCCACCGUUUAACCCUAAGAGGGCACCACACUGAGGAUUUUAGACACAAAAGCAGGAUUUAAAGAAAUAUGCAGUAAAUUGUCAAAAUAAUCACCAGGUUAUGUUCAUAGUACUAUAAAACAACAAUGUUAACUGUUUGUUAGCGGGGAAAAAAGUAGAUUUGGGGCUCAGUUACCAUUUAAGGCAGCUCUCUUGGGCUUCCUAAGCAUCUUAGUAAAACCACAGCCUGAUCACCUCCAAUUUUGCAUGAAUUGCUGCAAUGAUGCAGCAAUUCAUGCAAAACGGCCCCAACCACUGAUAAGUCAUUUACUGUACAGGAAAGGGACGUACUUUCUAGUGGGCUAAAUUCGCCGUAUUAAGUAUGUUUAUGUUAUUGGUCUAAUGCAACAUUUAAAAAUGUUUGAGAAACUAGAGUUUGUAUUUGGCUUUAAACCAUAAUCAUUAAAAUAAAAUGGAAGUAACUCAUUGUGCAAAUGCUCAGUACUUCCUGGACAGAAUCUUGGAAAGGUUUGCAGAAAUUAUAUUUAUGAAUAUUUGUAGUGCUUUGGUUGCUAAACAGAAAGUCAGUUAAUGGUUAGCGAGAGCUGUAGGUAAGUGUUGGAUGGUAAGGGCUUGGGUCUUUCUAAAUAAAGAAAUUCAAUGAGAAUUAAAAUAGUUAGAGGAUUCAUCUGUUGCAUUUUAUAAUACUCUGAAUGAAUUUAUUGGCUUGGCCUUUGCUUUAAAACUUUCUUCCAUGCCAUAAAAACACGUUAUCUUGCAGUGGUGUUUUUUUUUCCUUCUUUUUAAUUGUGUUGCUUUUAAUUGGAUGAAAAUGUCAUAGUAGUAAGUAACUGUAAAACAUUUACUAUCCAGCGACUCUGAGCUGUGCAUAUAGUUUAAUACCAUUUUUUAUUUCUGUAUUACAUUUAAGCUCUAUUAAAAUUAUGUUUCUGUAACCUUGUCGUUAUUUUUCCUUUGUAGAUGCCCAAAAGUGGCUCUUAUUUCAUCUUGAGAAUUUAGCAGAAUUGAACGACCUGUUGUUUUUGAAAGAAAUCCUGUUACUGUAAAUGUUUAUUUCCUGUAAGAAUUAUGCAAUACCACACAUCUUGUUACAAAAAGUGUUUUGGUUUAAAAGUCCUACCUGAAGAAAACUGAAUUCAAACGUUUUUUGUUGGCGUAAACCCUGACUUUACCUGUUGAAGUAAGCACUUUCAGUUCUCUAAUAAAUUUGGUUUAAAUGGUUUAA